UUUCUUUUUUUUUUAAAGUUAACCUUUCGACAGAGACUCAAGGCCAUUAUGCUCUCAUGUAACAAGGAUGAACUUUUCGUGAUUGGCGAGAUAUUGAGGGAGGGCAUUUUGGUCUUUUUGAUGCAGGGACUACGAGAAGGAAAGUGAAAGAAAAGAUGAUGUGAAGGAAUUUUAUAGGAUCAACCACAUUAACCAGACCUAUGACUUUGCGGUGAAGAAGAGGGAGGAGUAUGGGAAGCUGAACAGGGCAGUGAUGAGCAUUUGGGAGUGUUGUGAACUGCUGAAUGAGUUUGUGGAUGAGAGUGACCCUGACCUAGAUGAACCACAAAUUGAGCACUUGUUGCAGACUGCAGAAGCCAUAAGGAGGGACUACCCAAAUGAGGACUGGCUUCAUCUCACUGCACUCAUCCAUGACCUUGGCAAGGUCCUCUUGCACCCCAACUUUGGAGGGGAGCCUCAGUGGUCCGUAGUCGGCGACACUUUCCCAUUGGGUUGCUCUUUUGAUGAAGCAAUCGUCCAUAACCAGUAUUUCAAGGAUAACCCUGACUCGAAGCACCUGGUUUACAAUACGAAGCUGGGAGUUUACACUGAGAACUGUGGUCUUGACAAGGUUACCAUGUCAUGGGGCCACGAUGAGUACAUGUACCGGGUGGCAAAGGAGAAUUGUACGACCCUCCCAGCUGCCGGUCUCUUCAUCAUCAGGUUCCAUUCUUUCUAUGCGAUGCAUCGAUCCGACUCCUACAAAUAUCUCAUGAAUGAAGAGGAUGAAGAAAUGCUCAAGUGGCUUCGCAUUUUCAACAAAUAUGAUCUUUAUAGCAAGAGCAAGGUGAGGAUCAAUCAGGAGGAAGUGAAACCCUACUAUCUCUCCCUCAUUAAGAAGUAUUUUCCUGAGAAGCUUAGAUGGUAGAAUGAUAAACCGAAACAUCAUCCCUUGACCCUCAUUUGGCUGCUAUUCCAUUAGUUGUAGUGUUAUAAGUAUUGAAGCAUAUGUAGGAGAGUGAAUUGGAAGUUGUUUCUGGUAUGACAUAUUGUCUACCCAAUAAUGUUGUUCAUAUUUUUUUUA